AUGAGUGAAAAUAAGCCUGGACCCCAUUUCAAAAUUGUUGAGACUAUUGAAGCUGGCAGGCCGGUUCUUUCGGUUGUGCCAUUUAAAUGGAUUCAAAAUAAAUAUUUGUUUUGGCCACCAAAAAAUGUAAAAGAACACAUAAACAAUAUUAAUUCAACACCGAACAGUAACUGGUCCAAGAUUAUGUGUCGCAUUAAAAGACCAUAUUUUCGAAGUCGUCAAGAAGCCAAUAACGAGUUACUGGAAAUGUCUGGAGGUUCAGCAACUUCAUCUAGUUCAGAAUACGGAAUAGAGCCCACCAAAAGACUUAGACAAGCUAACAACCAGACAAAUUUUGAAAAAUCAUUUAAAAAUAAAAGAUUGAUUUCCCUCUCUCAACCUUUUAUUCAAGAGGAAUGUAUAUCUGUUACCCUUGCUCCUCUAAAUGAACAAAAUUUUAUUCCUAAUACUACCGCUGUAUCAUUAAAUCUAAUAACAUCACAAGAUAUUUUAGACGCGGAGUUUAUAAAUAUUGGCCAGCUUGAUGAGCAACCUGAUAAGCAGUCUGAUGAGCAACAUAUUGAGCGCCCUACGGAGCCUGCAUUUGAUGCCGAAAAUUUUAAAGAACUUGUAUUUGGACAAAUUAAAGAAAUGCGGAUGGAGCUGAAAAAGGCCAAGAAUGAAAUAAUUAGUUGUUUCACUGACGUGAUGGCAAGGACAGUUGCUGCAAUCAAAAGCGACUUUGAUGCUAAAUUGGCGGCCAUACAGGUACAACAAGUUUAUAGAGAUCAACUCUACGAUGAUAUUUUUCAAUUUGCACCUGUUUCAACCCCAGAUGAACUAAUGCAGUUAGAACAAAAUCUUCUAGAUAAAAAUUUUGAAAAACAAGUGAUUGAUCAUUUUAAGAAAAUUAUUGGGGAUAUUCCGGAUACUAGUGGAGGUCUGGAUACAUGUUAUAUAAUCAUUGACAAAUUUUUUGAUAAACAAUUCAUGGUUCAAUGUUCUUGGACAGGAGGUAGCAGAAGCGAUACUCUGAAAUGUUCCAUUCGAAAUUGCAAAAACAUAUUAAAUGUUUUUUUUACAAUAAUCCGAAGUUCAAACAAAAAUUUUGCAGAAAUUCUAUUAAAAAAAUUCUUCGUAGGAAUUACUAACAAUGCAAAAAAGCGCAGCAUGACUGGUGGAAUUCGCCAGUCAUCUGUUCAUCGGCGCAAAAAAUUAAUAAAAAAACAACCACCCCCGAAUGAGUUUGGUACUCAAAAGGAAGAUUUUGAUGAUAAUACUCAGCAUCAACAAGAACAGGAAGACAUCUCUGAAGAAAACUCAGAAACAGAUUAA